UGUGCUGCUCAGGACACGCUGAGAGAAGAUUUGCUUGAUUUGCUUGAACCGGUGUCGGGUUUAAAAAGCUGUCAGAGGGAAAUCCGCAUUUAAACAGAGGAUUUAUCAUGACUGCAAGGAUCCAGGGAGCGACAGGCAAGAACAAACCAGUGCAAAGGAGCAGAGCAACAGAGAUGAUGGUGAGGGUCCGGAGAGCUCUGUGGCUGGUACUGGGCAUGCUCAGUCUGUCCCUGCUGCUGGUGGUGCUGGGAGCCUACACAACCACCCGAACAGAGAGCCUGAACGUGUCUGGCUACACCUCUGGAGUGAUUCUGACCCUUGGAUCAUUCCUGGGACUUUUGGGACUCUGUCUGGAAGAAAACUGCAAACAGCUGCUGAGGGCUGCGAUUGUAUUCCUCAGCUUCGGAAUCAUCGCCUCUUUUCUGUGCCUGAUGAUUGAUGGCGUCUGUAUUGUCUUAAACAUGGACAUGCGUCCACUGAAAGCAGGGAGGUGCCAGUAUUACAGCAGCGGCAACAGCUACAUCUAUGAGAAUUUCUACACCCCUGUGCUGUGCUGGAACGCGAAGGAGUCCUGUAACCUGACAAUACGAAGUGGGACCUGCUACUGCUGCGACCUGUACGACUGCGCCAAUGGAGGCUACCUCAGCAACUACUAUGAGUUUGUUGGAGUGCGAAGCUGUGACGAAGUUUACACGCUGUACAUUUUAAUUUGGACGCUCGCCGGUCUGAACCUCUUGGCCUUCUUCAAUGGCAUCCUAACGACAGCAGUGCUGGGCAGCAUCAAGGCCGCGAAGAGCAGCAACCUUGUGACCGAGUCCUCUGGAUGCACAGCAUCUUCCCCUACAGCUCCUCUGCUGAUGGAUGCCAACACACACUCAGUUCACCAGCUCCACCCCGGAACCUCGAUGUAUUUCCCUCCGGCAGAGGGGACGGCCGCCUCACAGAGUUUCCCCUCAUCGUCGACUGCUCACACAGACUCCAGCCCUCCUCCCUUCACCCCGCUGACCAGCCUGCUGCCUUGCAGCGUCCAUGGCCCCUCCGCCUGAGCGCCAAUAGCAGCGUGUUACCCGAAAAUGACGAAAAAGCAUAUGCAGUAAGAACAGAAGGGAUAGAUAGGUGCAUUGUUAUUAUUAUUAUUCUUAUUGAUUUAGUUGUAAGGAAGAGAGGAAGUGCAACAGGUAGAAGUAAAAGAAAGAUAUGCUUGAUGAUUUUGUUUUCUAAAAAUUCGAAAGUAGACAUGGGAAGUUUCAAGGAAAGGACUUUCUGCUACGAUCACUUGUAUGCAAAUAUAUACUGUGUUUUGAUAAAAAGUUGUAAAGUUGUAAAAUGUUUGUAAAUGACAUGUUUUGUAAUAUAAAUGUGGCGUUCAGGCUACUACUCACAUGAAUCAAACUCAACAUACAUGAAAUACAUAUCAUUUAAAAUAUCAGUAGCAUGGCUAAUCUGGAAAAACUUGUGCU